AUGGCCAUGAGGGUCGACUCGGCAAUCCUCGCCGUCGUCGUCGCCUUCCUCCUCCCCCUCCGCCUGCUCUCCCUCUUCGCCCGCCUGAAAUCCUCCGGUAGCGCAGGCGAUCUCCGCCGAUCCUGCACCGCCCUCGCCAUCGCGGCCGCGCUCCUUGCCACCUUCUUCGCCCUACCCCGCUACGACGGCGGUCGCACGGGGCAGUGCACCGCCCCCGUUGGUUUCGCUUGGGAGGAGGGUACCGGCCGAGAGGUUCGGUUGGAAAUCGAGCAGCUGAAGCUGCAGCUCAACCGAUUGGAAUCAUUAUGGGAAAACAAUUCAAAAGCACCAGAUGACAAAGGUGAUGCUUCAGAGGAAGAUGCCGAGUUUGUGAAAGCGAUGGGACUGGACAUUCAGGCUCUGAUCAAGGAACAAGAAAACAUCAAGGAAUCAUUAUGGAGUUCUGGCGGUACUAUCAAAUCAGUCGAAAAUGAGGUACGAAUUCUGGCGGCAGAAUCCAGAAAGAUGAACUCUGAUAUUUACAAUGUGUGGUCAUUGGCCAACGAUACAGAGAAAACGGUUGAAGCUCUACAUUCAGAUGUCCAAAAGGCUCAAAUUAUAAUGGAUGAAUCAAGGAAGAUGAACUCUAAUGCUCACCAGAUAUGGUCAUUGGCAAAGGAUACAGCAAAAAAGGUCGAAUCUCUGUAUACAGAUGUUGCAAAGGUUCAAAGUGUAAUUGAUAUAUCAAAAAAGAUGGAAUCUAAUAUACACAAAGCGUGGUCUUAUGCAAAGCAGACAGAGAAGAGGGUUGAAGAUAUAUAUUCAGAUGUCAAAAAGGGAGUAGAGAAGCCACCCGGCCUUGCGUCUGCGAACCUGUAA